AUGCACUCUGCUGAUGCAGUAGCACCUGCUGAAUGCACUGACCCAGCAACGCCUGCUGAAUGCACUGACCCAGCAACGCCUGCUGAAUGCACAGAUCCAGCAACACCUGCUGAAUGCACAGACCCAGCAACACCUGCUGAAUGCACAGAUCCAGCAACACCUGCUGAAGUUACUGGUCCAGCUACACCUGCUGAAGAAUCAGCUCCAGCUACAACUGGUGAAGGUAGUGACACCGCUACACCCGCUGAAGCAGUAGAACCAGCUACACCUGCCGAAGGUACAGAUUCAGCUACACCUACUGAAGGUACAGAUCCAACUACAACUGGUGAAGGUAGUGACACAGCUACACCUGCUGAAGGUGCAGAUCCAGCUACACCACCUGCUGAAGGUAGUAGCCCAGCUACACCCACUGAAGCAGCAGGUCCAGCUACACCUGGCGUUGCUUCUGGUUCAACCACACCAGACCCAAGUGCCCCUAGCGUAGAUGCAUCUGGCGUAGCUGUUUCUGAUUCAGUUGCUUAAGAUGUGGUAGCCUAAUAGCAGAUCCAGUUACAAGAGAUGCACGGAGGCGAAAUACACGAAAUAACGGAGAGAAUCAGAGUCCAUUUGCAUCCAUUUUGCUGUAGUUAACUUUGUGGUUGUUUAUUGCUUGUUGUGACUUACCUUCAUCACCUGGCGUCGUUCCUUAUACCGGAUUCAUGCCCUUCCCUAGUUCCUACGACAGUAUUCCGAAGUCAUUCCGCAUUUUAAACUCUUCCUGUGAUAAAUCUUGUGAUAAACGUUUCGUCGAUUUAAACAGAAAAAUCCAA